UUAACCUGAGCGUGUAGACGAGUUACAUUUCUAAAAACUGACAAAAAAAUGCCUGUCUCCUUUUAACGCUUUAUGUUUUAAAACAGUUCUAGGAAACGUAGGUUCUUAUCCUAGGUGCGAAUUUUAUUCUGUUUAAUGCUAUGCUGCGCUCGCAAAAGAUUAAUACUUUUUGCCAAGCAUUAUCAUUUAAACUUAAAAUAAUAUUUGCACACAAAUAAGAAUUAUCACGUUUUCAGAAGUCCGAUACAGCCGCCAUUGACGGCUCGAUGAAAUCCCAUUCUUAGGAAAAGAACAAGCGCAACUUCAAUGUAGAUAUUUAAACAUUAUUUCACUAUUUUGCCUUUAAAUUGAACCUUUUGCCAAGUAAAUGAAGUUAAAUGACAAAAACUGUCACUAAAUCAGUGUUGUUCUAAAUAAAUUUUUGUUGAUUGACUUUUGAUAGCCAGUGUUGUAUUUGGUGCCAACCUAUUUAGUGAUAAAUCGUUAUAACUAAAAAGUUGUCACCACUCAAAAUUCAAAUUACAUAUGAUCCAACCCGAAAGCAAUGAGACAAAUACUUGUUCAUUUCAAAGUAAUUUUACGGUGUUAUUACAUUUUAACAAAUAACAUACUGUUCCGUGUCCACAAAUGUUAUGUGACCGCGUCCAUGAACAUAUUAAAACAUUGCCAUUUGCGAAAUGCAUACAAUUUAACGACGGCUUGAUGCGAAUUAUUAUGUGUUAAAAAUAGGUUAAUAAUCAAAGGAUAUUCCAAGGCUCUAGGAGAAGCAGAAAUACUUCAGCCUGUAUAGCCCAUCGGGGUUGCGUGACCGAUGUCACGUUACAUCGAGACAUUUAAUGAAUUAGAUGCAUCAUCUUGGCAUAAGCCCCCAUCUGAAGACUCUCAGAAGAGACCUUUAGACUUAUCUAAUACUAGUCUGCGAGUAGGUCCGAUCCCGUUAGAAUAUUGGCAAGCUGGAGAUUAUUCCCGUCAUAUACAACUCAGUGCUCAAUCAGCACACAACUCUGCUCAGGAGCGGCGAUCUAGACCUGCAUAUAAUGUCUUGCCUGUGUUCAGACAAGCUCAGUUAACUGACGCAAUACCACAGUUGCUAGCCCCAGCACUUCUAAGCACGCGACCUCCUCCACUUGUUCCUCGUGCCGUGACCGGGAGGCGGACAUCGAAUGCUCUGAAAGUGGUUUCCGCAUUUCACCCACCGACAAAGACGAGAGAUCAUGCCAAGGGAGCGCCCAAAAACGGUCGCCCAGUACUUGCACGCCCGAUGCCAGCUGUGACCCAUACGGUGACUCCAAGUCAAAUACCAACUAACGCCAAACGAAAACAAUCGAGUCAGGCACAUAAUGAUACUAAAGUAGUUUGCGCGAAUCGAACAAACGAUGCUGUCAACCCUGCGAUCCAUAACCAAAUAGCUGAUGUUGCAGCCGUCACAGACGAUGCUGGAGCCAUCGAUGACGCUGAUCAGAACAACGAUGACGAACAGAUCGCUGCUCGAGUACAAGCCGUAUUACAGGCACAGGCCGUAUUACAAGCACAAGCCGACGCCAAAGUAGUCGCUCAAGCCAAGGCUAUAGUUGCUGCCCAAAUGCAAAGGCAGAUGGCUCGAACUCAGCUUCUGGCGCGUAUGGCCGAGCUUCAAGGGAUGGCGGGUGGCGCCUUCUUAACAUCGGUGCCACCACCAAACUACCCAUUAUAUCACGAUGGUAAGCAAUAA